UGCAGCGAACAACGUGACUUGUUGCCGUCGGCGUCGCGCUGGAAUUGACUUUGUUCGACAAAUGGUCCUUCUCCGGCGUGGCAUCUAGUCGACAAUGCGACACAAUCGUUCGCCAUAAUUAGAGCUUCCCCAUAGGACUAGUGCUAUAAAACGGAGGGAGUCAGGCUUCGUCGGUGUCCUCAAGUCUAGCUUCAAGAUUUACUCGUUCCCCGUGUUACCUCAUUCUUCUCCCCGUUCCCUCUCAAUUUGUGUCUUUCUCCCCCUUGUUUCGCAAUGGUUCGCAUUCACUGGUCUCUUUUAUCCAGGGAAGGAGUCAAGAAAGCCGGGCAACUGGUUCAGGACUAUAUGUACAACCCUGGAGCUCCAGUGCAGGAGCCUGAUACCGCUGACAAGACCCAACCGCAACGUCUCAACCAAACACAACGUGACCAGAUUGAGAGGCAGCGCAAGAUCUUCAUGGUUCGGCGCGGUCUGCAAGCUCACCCUGUCGUUUUUGUGGGGAAUAUCUUGCCUACUUUCACUCAUCAAGACCUCCAUGACUUCUUCUCUCAGUGCGGCACGGUCCUUCGCGUUCAGAUCCGUUGUAGUCAAGGAUGCCCAACCCCGAUGGCAUCUAGUGCACCUGGCUGCACUCCGAAUACAUACUAUGCCACUGUCCGAUUCCAUAACCAUACUGCUGUUGAUAACGCUCUCUCCAUCUGCACCUAUUUUAAGGGCGUGAAGUUACAGAUCACUAUUUCCAGACGAUUGCUGCCUGAAGUGAGGAAAUGCAUUGCCGAUGCCUCCAAGAAGAAGGGGGACAAACUGACAAACGACGUCGUUCCCCGUCGUCCCAUACCUUGCAGAGAGCAGGGCACUCUUAUUCUGCCUGACCUAUCACCCGACGUGAAUAUGCUGGCUGGGGUAGCAUUUCCCAAGACUAUUGUGUAAAAAGAUUACAUAGCAUACAUAUUGAAUGUCGACCAUUAGGAGUUAGACUGAAUUUCCA